GGACAUCGUAUUACCCCAACUGCGAAAGUCAAAGUUCAUGAGGAAGGAAAAGAAUGUCAGCAUUCAGUUUGAGCCGUUAUAGCCGUUGGAUUCCUCGACUGAAAACUCUGCAAUUGCAAAGUAAACAACUUUCUUCAUCGUCCUUCUUCUCCACCACUGCAGAUAAUGAGAGCCCGAGGAAACCCUCCCCGCCUCCGAUCCGAAUCGGACUCACUGAGUCUGCGGGUCGGGGUGUGUUCGCCACUCGGAGAAUCACGGCGGGGGAACUCAUACACACUGCCAAACCCAUUCUAUCCCACCCUUCUCUUUCCUCCAUUAAUAAUGUCUGUUACUUUUGCCUCAGAAAGCUAAAGGGUUCGACUUCAACAGAUUCUCGGGCCAGAAACGUUUCGUUUUGCAGUGAAGAAUGUAUGAAGAACUCUAAGAGAUUUUAUGAUGUUGAAACAAGCGUGGAUUGGUUCAACUUUGAUGAGUAUUGUAGGAUCCAAAAUUUUAAAUAUCCUCAUCUGGUUAAGCGGUUGGCUUGUAUGGUUGUAUCAGGAGCUGCAUCUGCAGACAGUCUUGACAUACUUCAGCCAGCUAGUUUGAGUCCUGAGAUGAUAUUACAGGUAGAAGAAGGAUUUGAUUUGCUACAGAGUGCUUUCACAAGGGCAAAUAUUGCAGAUGAGCAUCUGGCUUUCCUAACCAGGCAAUGGUAUACUGGUGUGCUCGCACGGAUUCGUAUAAAUGCAUUCCGUGUUGAGUUGGCUGGAGGAUUGUAUGAAGAUCUUCUAUUACUAGCUGCAGCUUCAGUAGAAGCCGAAGCCGCUGUCGGAAAUGCUAUCUAUAUGCUUCCAUCCUUUUACAAUCAUGACUGUGAUUUGAGCAUUUUCCCUGUUCUGCAAGUUAGUUGGUUUUUAGAAUUAAUCCAACCUACCAUAGCCAGGCUCACAAUGGAAGCGUUUGUUUUCCAGAAAUUCUUAUACAUAAAUGAAUUAACAAAUCUAUUGGACAAUUUUACAGAGGAAGAACUUCGGAUCUGCUAUAUUGAUGCAAGUAUGGCGCACGAUGCUCGACAAACUCUUCUGUCCCAAGGGUUUGGCUUUCAAUGCAGUUGUCUUCGUUGUUUAUCUGGUGAUUAACUUUUUUCAAUUCGGGGAAAUUUCAAUCAGAAUUUCCGAAGAAAUCUUUCGUAAGCAUGUUGGGAGUUGUUAUUUUGUUUUCAGUGGCCAUGUGUUUCAGGCCAGUUUCAACGUAUUGAGACCAAAUUUUUCUUGAACGACUUUAUAGUGUUAUCUCUCUACA